CGUAAGUGACCAUGACUUUUUUUAGUCACGUACAGUCAUGUAGACUAGACACACGGAUAAGUUACCAACAGCCAUUAAACCUGAAAGAAGAAGAAGAAGAAGAAGCAGAAAACACGGAUGAUCAUGAAAUGUAGGAGUAAUUUAGAGAAAAAUAAUUUCGUUAAGCGGUCCAUCUUCUGUUUACGUUGUUUUCAGCACAGUCAGGUUGAGAGGGAACAAUGGUGAAGUAUUUCAGCUGCGCAGGCUCUCUGAAGAGCUCAUGGGACCAAGUGUUUUUAGCAUUCUGGCAGAGAUACCCCAACCCCUACAGUAAUCACGUUUUAACUGAAGACAUCAUAUUUCGGGAAGUCACUCCAGACAACUGUCUGAUCUCCAGACGUCUUCUAACGAAAACCAGCAGAGCUCCUCGCUGGGCGGAGAAGUUCCUGCCUGCUCACAUGGCACAGAAGGCUUACAUCAUUGAGGACUCUGUAGUGGAUCCUGAGGGCAGGACCAUGACCUCUCUCACCUGGAACAUCAGCCACGCUCGUGUGAUGAGUUGUGAAGAGCGCUGUGUGUACAGAGUGAACCCCGACAACAACAGCUGGACCGAGAUCAAGAGAGAGGCCUGGAUUUCCUCCAAACUGUACGGCCUCUCUAGAGCGAUUCAGGAAUUUGGUCUUGCCCGGUUUAAGAGCAACGUUACAAAGACCAUGAAAGGUUUUGAGUACGUCCUGGCCAAGAUGCAAGGUGAACUGCCCACACGGACGCUGGCAGAAACCGCUACUGUGAAGGCACGUGAGACCGCCCUCGCUGCCAAAGAGAAGGCUAAAGAUUUAGCCUCACAAGCUCAAAAGAAGCAGUAUGUAUGAUGAGGACACACGUCUGGAGGUGACGCGGUGUCCGGACUCUCCCAGCACUUCUGAAAAGGGCCGUGCUCUUCCGUCACACUGGGCACACGUGUGGAUGUGAGAUGCAUUUAGCCAGGAACUGAGAUUACUAAAUCAUGCCUGUCUGGAUUCUCAGAAUGCGUUUCGUAAAACCCAUGAGCUCUUCGACUGACAUUCUCCAGUAAACCUGAUUUAAUGCCGGCGUCAUAUCUAGAUUUCUGCAGAAGCGUCUGAUCUUUGGCACGUGAGAGCAAAGUAUUGCACCGGAUCGAUGGCAAUGUCUGAUUACAAGUGUGAAAGUUGUCAAAACAUGUUAGAUGUUGGGUGUCUGAGAGAAGAAACGCAUUUGUUUAGUGAAACGGUAAGAUAGCUUCCAUAAUGUUUUAUAGCUCAUUUGUGAUCAAGAGGUGUUACCAAUAAAUAUUUCUAUCUGACAU